AUGGAACCGAUCCUUGGCGAGAGCAAGAGGCGUGUGUGUUACUUCUUCGAUUCGGACAUUGGGAACUAUCACUAUGGACCUGGUCAUCCGAUGAAACCCACACGAAUUAGGAUGUGUCAUUCCCUAGUAAUGAAUUAUGGUCUAUACAAGAAAAUGGAGAUUUUUAGAGCAAAACCAGCGACGAAAAGAGAGAUGUCACAAUUCCAUACAGACGAAUAUGUAGAUUUCUUACAUCGUAUAAAUCCAGAUAACGCUCAGCAGUUCGCAAAGGAACAGGUCAAAUAUAACGUAGGAGAUGAUUGUCCCAUAUUUGACGGGCUGUUCGAAUAUUGUUCCAUAUCCGCUGGAGGAUCUAUGGAGGGAGCAGCUAGAUUGUCGAGAGAUAAAUGUGAUAUCGCUGUCAACUGGGCAGGUGGUUUACAUCAUGCUAAGAAAGCUGAAGCUAGUGGAUUCUGCUAUGUUAAUGACAUUGUACUUGGUAUAUUGGAAUUGCUAAGAUACCACCAAAGAGUCUUAUACAUCGAUAUAGACGUGCAUCACGGAGAUGGUGUCGAAGAAGCUUUUUACACCACCGAUAGAGUCAUGACUUGUUCUUUCCACAAAUACGGCGAGUUUUUCCCUGGGACCGGUGAAGUAAGAGAUAAUGGUAUAGGUAAAGGAAAAGGAUAUGCGGUGAAUGUACCGUUGAGAGAUGGGAUAAAUGAUCAGAAUUAUCAGGAUAUAUUCCAACCUGUCAUCAAACGAGUGAUAGAAUGGUAUCAACCCGGAGCGAUCGUCCUCCAGUGCGGAUCAGAUUCCUUGUCGGGUGAUAGAUUAGGUUCAUUCAACUUGUCGAUGAAAGGUCAUGCCGCCUGUGUACAAUUCGUCAAAUCCUUCCAUUUACCUUUACUCUUACUUGGUGGUGGUGGAUAUACGGUUAAGAGCGUUAGUAGGACUUGGGCUUAUGAAACGGGCUUGGCGGCUGGGGUGGAAUUGCAAAAGAAUAUACCCAAUAACGAGUACUGGGAAUACUACGGACCGACAUACGAGCUCGACGUUCGACCGAGUAACAUGACCGACCACAAUACGCCCGAAUACCUACAGAAAGUCAAGGAAGCUGUAUUUGAAGUAUUGAGAGAUAAGAACGCAGCUCCCAGUGUGCCUUUGCAGGACGUACCGAAACUGCGACAUGACGAUGAAGAUGAUAACGAACUUGAAGAUACGGAAGAUAAAGAUGUCCGUCGUCCGAUGAGAUUAUGGGAUAAAGAGAAACAGAAUGAGAACUCCUUGAGUGAUUCGGAAGAUGAAGGAACGGGAGGAAGAAAACAUCGUCAGAGUUAUAAGAAUAGUAAUGGAUCGGGAUCGGCCUCCGGAUCAGUUCAUAAGAAAAGAAGAUCUAGAUCACCGCCGAUCGCUCCUAUGACUGGUACUGGCGCUCAGGUGAAUGGACUUGGCACGUCUAGUACUAGUACGAACGGAGCUGUUGGAGGGAUCAAUAUUGAAAAUUGGGCUUCAUCCGUACCACCUUCUGAUUCAACUUCAUCGGCUAUACCUGUUUCAACGGCACCUACAACGAGUGCAGCUGAGGUGAAUGGGAAUGGGAAUGGAGUUGGGAAUGGAGAAGAUAUCGAAAUGACAGAUUCGUCGAAUCAACCUGAACAGAUAACUAGUACGACGACCGACUGA